AGCGGAUUGUCCUUUCUUUGGCGCCACCUGUCUCGUGGCCAUCCCGUGCUGGGGAAGGAAGUGCCCAAGAACAAAAAAAGACGACGCAGGCGCCACAAACGGCAGCAGAUCUAUCUCGGGUCUAUCGCUCUUCUCGCGAAGCCUGUUUAGGAGAGCGAGUGCGACUGCAUGGAACGCAAUCGAAAAGCCGGUCGCCGUGGCGGACCUCACACCGCUCUUUCUGCUCGAGAACGAUGUGGUGCCGUUGUUCCCGGAGCGUCGCCCGCUCACCGACAUCCCGGAGAUUCCUGCGAGCGCGAGUACAGCGAGACCGAUCUUGCCAAGCUGUCCAUCGCGCCGGGAGCAAAGCUCGAGGACUGGGUGUCACCAGACUCCGAUACCGGCACCAACAAGGGAGAAAUCACCGUUGGGGAGAACUGUGUCGAGGUGGGAAUCGGAGCUGGAAAGAAAAAUGUUUUUCGUGACAACGUGGAACGAAUACCUGGCUCAAUGUUUGCCGACGACGUCCACGGAGAUACGUUGCCCCACCUACCGACAGUCCUGACCGGCUUCUUGGACGAGUGGCCUGCGUACGCUUCUCGCGAAACGGGAAAAUCAUGGACUUUGCAAGACUUGGCGGCUCGCACGGCUGGGAGGAAGGUAUCCCUCGACGGCGGGCCUUCCUUCGCUCGCAUGUCCAUGUGUGCCGGGAGCGUCAGUCUGGCAGAGUACGAGCGGUACUCGGAGAAAGAGUCGGGUAAGGAUUCCGCGCCCCUUUACGUCUUUGAUCCGAGCAUAUUGGGGCCUAGAUCUACCUUCUGCGACGACGGGAGUCUCGUCAGGGACGCAUUCGACACGCCUGCGUGCUUCUCGCGCGACGCCGCUGCGGCAGUGUGCGACGAAAAAUUCCGGCCUCUCCCUCCGAAAUGGCUCUUGGUUGGUGCCGUCCGAAGCGGCACUUCGAUUCACGACCACCCAACCACCGUGGCGUGGAACGCGCUACUCGUCGGGUGCAAGCUGUGGUGCUGCUUUCCGCCAGACGUGGACGAAAGCGCUCUGCUUCUGAAUUUCGAUGGAAACAGCAGCGAGCACGAAGGAGAAGACUUCGACUUGUCAGCCUUGGAGUGGUUUUGUCGGGCUGGCUCGAGUGACGGCGAGGAUCCCGGAGGACGACGACAUCUUCACAAGGGCGCGAAGGUUAUCAUCCAGCGCCCCGGAGAAGUUGUGUUUUUGCCCAUCGGGUGGUUCCACGUCGUGCUCAACGUCACAGCGAGUACGGCGCUUAGUAUGAGUUUGACGCUCCGGCGGGAUCUGCCCUCGGUGCUGCCCUUGUUUUUGGAAGCUGAGCGUGAGUUUGCGCUUUGGGGUCGACCCAACAGAGACUUUGAUAGGCAGGAAGCGGAGAGUGGCUCCUGACUGAUGCGAGUGUUUGGGCUCGAACCUCGCGACGAUGAAUGGGAAUUUGUUAAUAUGAAAGGCGCCCAUGUGAUGCUUCACAGGUAGAGUGAAGGGCGUUGUACUGCGUAUUUUGUUGGUUUCAUGUUCGACCGUCUGUUUUCCGCUCACCGUACGGCUGCCGUGUCAAUCCUCUGUCCGUUGGAGUUUACUACAAUUUCGAUUGGAGGAGUGUCU